UAUUGCUAACGGCUCUAGGGUUUCGAAUUCCCAAGACGCAUAUGGGCGAAUGCCACGGCUAGGAAAUGGAAAAGGAGAUCGUAGUUCGUACUCUCGAAGGGGAAUCGACACUUGUGCGGAUAUCGCCGGACCGACGGGUUGGCGACUUGAUGCUUUUAUUAAAGGAAUCGUUCCCUCCGGCGAUGACUUCGGCCCGCUUCUAUCUCUUCUUUAAGGGUGACAAAUUGAAUUCGGAUAGUCGCAUAGACAACCACCAAAUCGAAGGGGGUGAAUUCAUGGUUCUCGUCCCAUUUACCAAGAGAAGCCCUCAACUUCCAUCACAACAUAAUUCAAUUGCGCAGGAUUCUUGUCCUUCAAAGUUUAAGGGAAACUCAGUAUCAUCCAUCGCUGACUCCAUAUGGCUCGACAUCAUGGGUGAUAUUUCAUCUUUGAGUGACAUUUCACCAAAUGAUUCGAGUAAUAAUGUUGUCGGUACAUCACAACGAAGGGGAGAGGAGAGUCCAGAGUUUGAAAAACCCGUGAAGCGGAGGAAGUUAUCGGACAAUUUUUAUAGCAUUCAUGAUAUUUUGUGCUCCGACUUCAAAGAUAUAUUGGACCAACGGAAAAGCAUUGAGUUUUGCCAUCUUGUGGAAUCCAUCAACUGUUUAUCAGAUCCUACUACAGAAAUGUGUUUCUUACAAGAAUAUUUUGAUAAAGGGCUUCCUGGGGACGAUCAGUGUGCGUGCCCAUUGUGGCUGAGGAGAGUUCUUAAGACUUUCACUCUAAUAAAUGUUCUUUAUGCCUUCUUCCAUUUACAAAGGAAAUGCUUGACAAUGGGCUUUUUAGAAGGAGCGCUCAAGCAGCCUAACAUUUUUGGGCUUGAUGACUUGUGCUUCUCUUAUGUGGAGAAACUUUCACUUCUUUGUCCAACGGUGGUAGUUGUGUUAAACAAAGAGGAAAAUGCCAUAACUUCGCAAGGAUCAGCUAUUAUCAUUCAAGAUUUUUCCACCGAAUCAAGUAAUCAACCUAAAAUUACGAAAGAACCGAGAGCUGCUAGGAGGUUGUCUAUUUCCAAUGUUAUCAAUGCUUUUGAAAAACGAAUGAUAGCCUUCAGAACGGAUUUGCGGAAGCUCCUCAAAUCCUUCAUGGAAAAUAGACACUCUAAAACUAUCAUGCCUAGUAUGCCUUCUUUGGAAGAUAUUAUAACUUUGAAAGGUUCUGAGCCUGCCCAAAGAUGCAUUAACGUCAGAAAAUCAAAUUAUGGAAAUUCUACGUCAAGGUGUCGUGGUACAGUUCAUCUGAAACCUACUGAGAUGGUUGACCACUUAAGAAAGGGAUUGGGUAUAUUCGGGCAGAUAGUUUACAUCGAAGAGAUUAACGAAAGAUUGGCUGUCUAUGCGGAUGUUCCCAGUAGUCUUGCAGAUGUUUCGAAGGCAGCUCUGACGAGGGUUGGAAUAACCAAAUUAUACAGCCAUCAGCAGGCUGAAGCUUUACGAUCUUCUCUUUCUGGAAAGAAUGUUGUUGUAGCUACAUCAACUUCUAGUGGAAAAUCCCUUUGUUACAAUAUUCCUGUUAUUGAGGCGCUCUCAAAAGAUUUGGAGGCCUGUGCUCUUUAUAUAUUUCCAACGAAGGCGUUAGCACAGGAUCAAAUGAGAGCGUUGUUAGAGAUGACAAGUGGGUUGGACGUUGGCUUCAAUGUCAGUAUCUAUGAUGGGGAUACUGCUCAAAUGGAUCGUACGUGGAUACGUGAUAAUGCUCGAGUGUUGAUUACAAACCCGGACAUGUUGCAUACGUCGAUAUUGCCCUAUCAUGCAAAAUUUCAGCGGAUUUUAUCCAACCUCAGGAUUAUUGUGAUUGAUGAAGCUCACACUUAUAAAGGAGCUUUUGGAUGUCAUACUGCUCUUAUUUUGAGGAGAUUGCGACGAAUCGGUUUGCAUGUUUAUGGCAGCAAUCCUUCAUUCAUUUUCUGUACGGCAACCUCAGCAAACCCUCGUGAGCAUGCCAUGGAGCUUGCUGGUUUGCAAAGCGUAGGGUUGAUUCAGAGUGAUGGAAGUCCCUCUGGAGUAAAAUAUUUUAUGAUGUGGAAUCCACCAUUGCAAUCGGAAGUCAAGGCCGUUAAAAGCACAGGGAAGUCGUUGAAUUGGGAGUCUGCUCAUAGGCGCACGAGCCCAAUUGUGGAGACUUCAUAUCUUUUUGCUGAAAUGGUCCAACAUGGUCUUAGAUGCAUUGCCUUCUGUAAGACACGGAAGCUCAGCGAACUAGUUCUUUGUUACACGCGGGAAAUUCUUCAGGAAACUGCAUCUAAUCUGCGUGAUUCUAUAUGUGUUUAUCGCGGUGGAUAUACUCCUCAGGAUAGGAGGAGGAUAGAAACUGAUUUAUUUGAGGGUAAGCUUAAAGGUGUUGCUGCUACAAAUGCGCUGGAGUUAGGGAUUGAUUUAGGGUAUAUUGAUGCGACUUUGCAUCUUGGAUUUCCGGGUAGUGUUGCAAGUUUGUGGCAGCAAGCUGGUAGAUCUGGAAGAAGAUCAAAGCCAUCCUUAGCUGUCUACGUUGCGUUUGAAGGACCGUUGGAUCAGUAUUUCAUGAAGUUCCCUGAUAAGCUCUUGACGAGAUCUGUUGAAUAUUGCCAAGUUGACAGUCACAAUGAGAAGGUGUUGGAACAACACAUAGCUUGUGCCGCUCUUGAGCUUCCAGUUUCCUCUCAGUAUGAUGAGAAAUAUUUUGGUCCUUCUCUGGAGCGGACAAUAAUUUCCCUCAAGAACAAAGGUCACCUGAUCACUGAUACUAAAGUUUCUGCCACCAAAAUUUGGAGUUAUGUUGGUCCUGAGGAUAGGCCUUCAGCUGCAGUUAGUAUUCGUGCUAUAGAAGCAAAUAGAUACAAAGUGAUCGUUAAGUCGACCAACGAAGUCUUGGAAGAAAUUGAGGAAAGCAAGGCCUUUUUCCAGAUAUAUGAAGGAGCUGUUUACAUGCAUCAAGGUGGCACUUACCUAAUCAAAUCCUUGGAGUUGUCAGAAAAGAUUGCUUUUUGCCAGAAAGCCGACUUAAAAUACUUUACCAAAACACGAGAUUAUACGGAUAUUCAUGUGGUUGGAGGUGACCUUGCAUAUCCUCCCGCCAUGACUACUGAAUUUGCAUCUAGAAGAACAAAUGCACAUGUAAAUGCUUGCAUGGUCACGACAAAUUGGUUUGGUUUUUAUAAAAUUUGGAGAGUGAGUAAUCAAAUAUUUGAUAAAGUUGAUCUUUCUCUUCCUUCAUACUCAUACAAUAGUCAGGCUGCGUGGAUUCAAGUUCCUCGAUCAAUAAAAGUUGCAGUGCAGAAAAACAAUCUGGUAUUUCGAGCUGGUCUGCAUGCUGCUUGCCAUGCUCUUCUCAAUGUUGUUCCUCUUUAUAUGAUGUGCAAUACUUCUGACUUGGGAACAGAGUGUGCAAAUCCUCAUGAAACCCGUGAUAUUCCUGAAAGAUUAUUGCUGUAUGACCAACAUUCUGGUGGUAUUGGUCUUUCUUUACAGAUCCAACGGCUCUUCCGGGAGCUCCUAAUAGCAGCUUCUGAGCUUGUCUCAACAUGCAGUUGCUCUCACAGUGCUGGCUGUCCAAACUGUGUGCAGGUGCUUACAUGCAGUGAAUACAAUGAAGUUCUUGACAAAAAGGCUGCCAUUAUUAUUCUUGAUGGUGUAAUUGAAGCUGAAAAUACUUGAUUUUGUGGCAGGGCAGGCUUCUAAUUUUGUUAUUUGCAUAGCAUUUAAGUGCAUGUUUAUGUGAUGUUUCAUUGAAAUGUAAUUAUGACGAAGGAAAUUUUCAUUUAUUUUAUAUUUAAAAAGUAAGAUCAAAGCAAUUUUUUUAUUGUCACUGCGGUUUUCUUUGGCCCAGUUGAUCAAUCACUUUGGCCAAGUUGGCUAUCUUAGCUCAACUGAGCUUGUUGGUCACAUUACCCCGAGUCGACCACAUCGG